AUGGAAAAUGUGAGAGUUUUCACAAUUGCAGAGCUACUCCAACGCGGUCGUUCCCUCACCGCCACAUCCUCCAUCUCCCCCAAUUCAAACGAAACAUCAAAGCCCUCCACACGCUCCAUUCCCAUCCACUCAAACCCUAACCCCAACCCCAACCCCAACCCCAACCCCAACCCCAAUCCUAGCCAUAAGGUUCUCCCCCCUCUUGAACACUUGGCCAUCAUCUUCGGAACCCUAACCCUCCCCACCGCCAUCGACGCCUCCGCUUCAGCCUCUUCAAACACCACUCCUCGAUGCUCCUACAACACUUGCUUCCAAUUCUCCGACGGCUCGGCUUCCAUCUGCUGCGACAUUCUUGACUUCGACGUUCGGAUUAUCGGGAAGAAAAUCAGCGUUCUUGCUUGGAAUUUCAUUCCCUGGAAACGUGGUGGCGGAUUCUUGGAGAUUAUCAGAUGGAGUUUUCAAGAUUCCAAUAGCGGACUUCGUCCCUGUUCGAAUUUCAAUUCCAUUCCUCUUGGUUCGGGCUCUUCAAGUGGCCACGAAGACAGCUCCAGAGCUCGUCAUGGUGUAUUUGGCGCAUUGGAGGUAGUUAGCCCUGUGUCCACUGUUCCCUGUGCAACCGGUCGUAGCAAUUUGAAAACCAAUAAGGCUUCAGAUUCAAGCCAUUCGUCAAGCCUCCGAGGCUUUUUACUCCAAUUUAUGGUUUGUGAGUGUGAAUUCUGCAGUUCAAAGGAGGCAGUUACAGUUUUGAAGGAUUCAAUUCAAGAAAAAGAUGCACAUUCUUUUAACAAACCAAUGUUUGUAUAUUGUUCAGGUUCUGUUUCGUCAUGGCAUCCUGUUUUUACAAAAUUUGUAGGAAAUGUUGUGGCUUUAUCAGGCUUGAAAAAGAAGUUGGUUUUUAUAGGAAAGGAAGAGUCUAAACUAAUGUAUGUAACUAUGGAAAAUUCUGCAUUGCAUCUGCUUAGAUUGUCAUGGAAAUGGCGGCCAAAAUGUACGGCUGUUGCCAAAGGAAAAGGUGAAUGUGGCACAUAUAGAGGGAUAGUCAAAGGUGUGUAUAUGCAAGGGAUGGUUGUUGAGUUGGACAAUGAGGUGUGGCUUUUGUUAACCGAUCAACUGCUUACUCCACCGCAUAGCCUUAGGGCGGGUGCACUCGUUUCUGUGAGAAAUGUCCAUUUUGUGAACCCCAGAUUUUCUUGGACAAAAAUUCUUAUACUUGGUGCUUGCUUUAAGACUAGUGUUAUUGUGGAAUCCUUCUCCCCACUGGAAACUGGGUGUCAUAUACUUCCGCAAUCACAGAGUUCGUUGGGGAAGUUCGUUGAGUCCUUAACAUUUUCUGCCAGAUUAUGGGUAUUGCUUAUUGCCUCAUGUUUCCGGAAAAAGUUUUCUGGCAUCUUAUCUGAGAAGGAGAUUUUGGGAACAAAACAUAAGGGAGGGUUUGUUCAGAUGUAUGCGAGUUCACAAUUUCCUUCAUAUAUGCAUCCAACUCGGCAUGGAGUAUUCAUGGAACUGUGCAACCAUGAUUCAAGUGUCUGUGGUUGUGAACCAUACAUCGGUAACCCUAAUUUGGUAGUGCCCUUAUCUAUUUUCAUAUGUCAUUGUGAGGCCUUUUGGAUGAGAGCAGUGCAGUUGGAAAAUAGCUGUGCAAAAUUGCAUGAUGACAAGAAAUAUGGCCUUCAAUUCUGUGAAGGGAGAUCUCACGUUCAGUCUGUUAGAAAGAUUUUUUCAAGUGAAGAUAUAGGUGUAUCAUUGAUGGGAAGUUUGAAGACUUCUCCAUCUUCUGGAAGGCUGCAGUUGGUUGAUGCAACUGGGAGCAUUGAUGUUCUUAUACCAGACCUUCCAUCAACUUGGGAUGCCAAUAGAAUAUACAAGGUAGCUGACUUCAGUCUUGUUAUUGAAGGAAUGCCUCAGUCUGUGGAGUGUAUAGGAUUGCUCGACAAUGAUUUAUUCUCAUGCAGAACCCUCUUUCAUUUCAUACCGUUAGCAAGAAAGAUGAAUUUAACAGUUUAUGUUUACUUUCGUCUGAGAAAUUCAAUGUGCAGAAAUCUACCCAUUUAUCCUUGUACUGGACCAGGAGAAGAUUUGAAGAGACUUGAAAGUGGAAUGUUUCACUUGCUUUUGGUUACCCACAAAUUUCCAGUGCUACAGAAGUAUCAAGAUGAUGUCGUUAUAGAAAACUCUUCAAGCAUCUUUGUGGAGGCUAUAAUCUUGCCUUGGGAUUUAUUUCUUGCUGGAAGCUAUGAGAUUUCAUGUCCAACUAGGGCUUUUGGGGAUAAUCCGAAGAAUUCCAUGGAAAGUGCUGGUGGAAAUUACUUGGACCAUGUUUCUCCCAAGAGGCGUAAGGUUAAUCAUUCAUCAAGCAAGGGAUUAAGUUCUAAUUCAGUGAACAAUUCCUCCGAGGCAGUCAGAGAACCGAGUUCUUGUUCUAUUUCUUACAAGGAAUCCAGGGAGAAACAGAAAUAUUGUGACUUGACAUCUCGUGAGAUAUCUUGUUCGGCUAUGAUUAGUGGAGUCAACGGUCACAGUCUAGUUGGUUCAGUUAUCUUGCAUUGCACUAGGGCCAAAUUAAAUAAUGGUGGCUUUUGCAGACCAAGUGGACAGAAGGUAUUGCUGGAGUUUACAUCUGAAAGUUUUUAUAAGUAUCAGUUGUUGCAUAUUGGUUGUUAUUAUAUCACAAAGCAUGAUGGAGAAGAUUCUUUUUGUAAUCUCAAAGAUUCUAGCUAUUCCAGCAGUGAUAACAUUCUUAUCCCUUCCACAACCCAUCUGUGGAGCCUUUCGUUUACUUCUGAUGAGAUUUGUCAAAACAAUAGCUCACCGAAGUGUCUCCCAUUAGAUAACUCUCUGAGAAAUAAUGAGGUUCUAUCUGAACAUCAUAACGAAGUACGUCUUCAGAUGUCCCCUGGAAAUGGUUCUGAAAACUCUUCAGAUAUUUCUCUCUGUCUCCCUGAAAAUGUUAUCAGUUUUGGAGAGGUAAUCCUGAAGGAAUUGGAAGAGGGCCUGAUCAAGCCAGUUGUGACAGCUCAAGGGAUUCCUAAAAUAUCUUCAUGCAUUAGUCUUGCAAUGACUGCGCCUCUGCUGUCACUUGAUUCGAACGGCCUGUUUCCUGAGGGAAAUCUAUUAUCUUUGUGUGGGCAUGUCAUUGCUGUUCAUAGUGCGGAAGACAAUUCUAUUAAUCCAUAUUUGAACUGUCAAAAUGUUGGUGAUCCUCUUCAGUGGAGAUUCUUGCAGAGAGCUAAAAGCAGUUGUAUUCAUGUUUUGGUAGACCAUCAUAUUGUAAGGCUAUCUGGUUCCUUGAGUGGACGUGCUUUUCCUGUCGGAUUUGGACCUGGUGUGGAUGCAACAUUUCACCGGGUUCUUGAAUUGCGGGGGCAAAAUAGAUGGAUGUUGACAUCUGUAUCAUUUAUUGUAAUCAAUUCCAUAAGCGCUGUCAGCUUCCAGAAUAACUUCAUAAAGGUAGAUAAUGAAUCAUGCAGCGACAAGUGCUCCAGUCCUGCUUCAUGCAUGCAGAAUGCUGCACCUCUAGACUUAGUUUCUUCAGGUUUGAUUUCUGAGUUGGUUAAGUGCUUGGAUUUCAAGCCCAUGCGGUUUCAUUGCAGGGUUGUUGCCAUCCACAUCCUAGUUCUGGAGAAGAAAUUUAGAAAUGUCAUUUAUCAACCUACAAAACACUUCAGGCCGUAUCUUGUUGACAUCCCACUUGCCGGUUUUGUUCUGGAUGAUGGCUCAUCCCCAUGUUGUUGCUGGGCUAAUUCUGAAAGAGCUGCAACUUUGCUAAGGCUGUAUGAAGACUUCCCACUGUCAGCUUUUGAAAGCUGUGGCUGGACCCUAAAGUGGGUCAGGAAAGGCGACAAUGCAUGUAGUGCCACCAUGUACCACCUCGAGAGAAUUUUAAAGAAUCACGACCGGAUUACGGUGAAGAACUUUGGAUCAAUGUUUGAUUCUUCCUAUCAAGAUCUCGCUGUGUCUGUGAGUUCUGACAAUGCCCUCAGUAGCCAUGAUGAAAAUCUUCUAAAAUUCAUAAUCUUCAAUGCUUGCUUCAGCAAAUUUUGGACCGUAAUCGGUAGGAUGAUGGAUUCGAAUGCAGUCACGCGGUUGAAGACAACAAACCUACUGGAAACGGAGAUGUCUAUGCAUUCCAUGCAACAUAUAUGGGGCAGAGAAGUUCAUUACACAAAUCCCCUCACCGAGGCGAGGAAUGUGGUUCAAGAACUCUGUUAG